AUGUCUUACCCAUCUCGUGCCUUGAACGAGGCCGCCCUCGAGACCUUCAUCUACCGUCCAGUCACAUCAGAGAUGAUCGCAUACCUUGCUUUCAAGGCUUCAGAGGUGAUCCAGUGCGAGAAGUCAACAGAAGACAGCCAAUUACCCCCUUCGCCGCCGCAAACACCUCCUCAUGACGACUCCACAACCGACUCUCCAUCUCUUCCCUCCCUCGAGCGCUUCAUUACAUCAUUGGUGCGGAAGUCGAACGUCCAAGUACCUACACUGAUGACAACUCUGGUCUACUUGGAGCGGUUACGGCAAAGAUUACCUCCUGUUGCGAAGGGACUUCGAUGUACGGUUCACAGAAUAUUCCUGGCCGCCCUCAUCCUUUCUGCCAAGUUCCUGAAUGACUCCUCUCCCAAGAACAAGCACUGGGCCGAGUACUCCAAUGUACGAGGCUUCGAGCCAUUCGGCUUCUCAAAGACAGAAGUCAAUCUUAUGGAGAAGCAAUUGCUCUUCCUUCUGGAUUGGGACUUGAACAUCAGUGAAGAUGAUCUCUACACCCACCUCGAUCCCUUCCUUGUACCGAUCCGA